AUGUCCUGGGGCAUCAACGAUGGUCACGUAACCCUUGCUGUUCUCAGAUUUCCACAGGGAGCUACCAGUGGUGAUCCCACGCUCACGUUCAGCUCUCAGUUCAUCCAAGACCCAGGCAGACUCGAAGGAGCCCUUUCUCAUCUUAGCAGCCUCCUCAGAUUUUUCAGUGGUCCUUUUGUCGAUCCCACCCCAUUUGCUGAGGCUAUGGACAAGUUACGCAAUUUACCCGAUGAUGUACAGCUAGAAAUUGGCAAAGCAGGUUCAGACGAAGCGGGGAGGGAAGUCCUGCACGGAAACCAGCGCAAGCACCGGAAGUUGGAGAUGGUGGGGCUGCCGAUCAGCUUGAAGAACUACGAUCCUCAGAAGGACAAAUGCUUCUCGGGCACCGUCAGGCUUAAAUCCAUUCCCCGCCCCCAGUUCUCCGUAUGUGCUGGGGACCAGCAGCACUGUGACGAGGCCCAGGCUGUGGAUGUCCCCCACAUGGACACUGAGGCACUGCAGGAACUCGACAAGAAUAAGAAACUGGUCAAAAAGCUGGCCAAGACAUAUGAAGCCUUUUUGGUUUCAGAGUCUCUGAGCAAGCAGAUCCCACGAGCCCGGGGCCCAGGCGUGAAGCAGCCUGGCGAGUUCCCUUCCUUGUCCACUCAUAAUAAGAACGUGGUGGACAAAGUCGAUGAAGUGAAAUCCAUCAUCAGGUUCCAGAUGAAGAAGGUGUUGUGUCUGGCAGUGGCCGUUGGCCACGUGAAAAUGACAGAUGGGGAGCUUGUGUACAACAUCCACUUAGCCGUCCAUUUCCUGGGGUCAUUGCUGGAAAAGCACUGGCAGAACGUCCCGACUUUCUAUAUCAAGAGCAUCACGAGAAAGCCCCAGUGCUGGUACUAAACCAGAGCUUAAAAAACCAUAGUGCUACCAUUCAAACAUAAAAAGAGAAAUAUCAGGAGACCCUACCUAAAGUAAACCACGGCAAGUCACUUAGUUUGGCUUAGAAAUGAAAUUUGGCUUCGUUUGGUUUAGACCAGGGGAGUCAUUUAUUUUGGCUACAAAGAAACGAACCUUUUUACACAGACAGCAUAAAAACGAAUCCUAUUUGUAAAUUAUACGCAUCACAGGCGAAAAUCAGCGAGGUAGUGGAGAGGGCUCGAUCCUGUACUCAAUCCUUUACUCAAUUGAGCAUUACCUGAGGGCUAUGCACAAUGGGGUGGGGAUACUAUGAAAGCCAAGUAGACAGGUCACUGUCCCCCUGGAGCUGGUAGGCCGGUGAGAAUAUUCUCUCCUUGAGUCACUGCGAACCUCUAGCAGAUACGUGACUAUGGACAAUUAGGAAUUUCUUCUGCCCCUAUUUUGUAAAAUACAUGGGGUCAGACUCGCAAACCUGCCACUUAAAUUCCUAGCUUAAACCUUAACGAUGGCGGUUGUGCCCAGAGGAGGGUGGGUAAGACUCCACCGCUCUGCGGUGCUGCGAGCCUGGCAGCAGGGGCGCUACUGAAACCCACAGAGCGUUCGCGUUCUGAAAGCGCUUGUCCCUCGCGGCGCCCCGUCGACCC